ACGCUCACAUGCUCUGUUAUGGACACACAUUUUAUCUUAGCCACCAAUGAGGGAUGAGGUUAUUGCUGUGUGAUUGGAGGAUAUGCUGAAAAAUAGACAACUCUCUUUCACUUUCAUUCAGCAAAGCUUCUCUAAAUUCUGCAAUGACGCACCUGCUUCGAACGCUGAAAACAACUUAGAACGCAAUAGGAAAAACACACGCUGGAAACAUGGCAUCUAUUCAUCGGUGUUUGAUAAAUCAAUAGGUCUGAUCAUUCUUAUUAUGUCAAACUAAUGACGUUCUACGUGAACAUUUAAUUAACCAUUUUUUACUUUAUUUAUUUGAUUUACCUCCAAACAAAAGUGAAAGUAACUUCACUGUAUAACAGCCUAACAUUUUAACUGUCUCUAAAUUGUAUUCUAAUAUCUUCGACUUUGGUUUCGAGCGUGGUCAUUAAUUAAAUUGUGAAAUUAGGGGUCUAUUCUGUAUAUUUAUGAAAGGUCAGUAAUUACUGUUGAAUAAAAAACUACUGGAAAGAUGCUUGAAAUGCUGCUUUUUGGAUAUUUGAUUACAAGCGUUUCUGGCCAGGGAGGAGCAGACGUGGUGCUGUCCUGUUCUCUGGUGGAGGAGGGUAGUGGGAUGGGGGAAAUGGGAGGUGGGGCUCUCUUCAGCCGCACCCCAGCAACGCUUGUCCUCAGAAACCUGGCCGUGACCCCUGAUCUUUCACCUGAUACUCUGACCCCCUUCAACCCRCCUGCUGUCCCCGAUCCUGAUAACAUCAUCUUGGAGGCUAAAGUUGAGUCUCCUGAGAUCCCAGAGGCAGACCUGCUGCUCCACGCUGACUGUAACGAACAGGAAGUGACAUGUGAGAUCAGCCGCUACUUCCCUCGUAAUGCCAAGGAGGGCUCCACAGAACCAGCCUAUUUCAUUGGCUCCUUGCAGAUAGAGGGGGGUGGGCUCAGCCUCACAUUUAUCCUGCAGACACUGCCACUGGACCAAUCAGAUCGUCCAGCUCUCAUGCAGAGCAAACUGGAACUCCCCCUCAGCCAAUCAGGAACUUUGCUGACUGAGGUGGUGUUCCUGGUGUUCUCUCGCUCGGAGUCCCACUCCACUCCUCUAGGGGGUGUGGCCCUCCUGGACUGUGGCUUCAGGCAGCAGGCCCCACCCCCAGGGCGGGAGCUGGGGCUUGAGUGGCGGCUGCAGCACAGAGGAAGUGGGAGGAAAGUGCUGGAGAUUAGGGCGGGGCAGAUGGAGGCAGAGGAGGGGCCAGCAGUACACGUGGAGAGGGAGGGUUCGAGCGUGGAUGCCGCCCUGCUGGUGGGGCAGGGUAAUGCGUCUCUGACUCUGGCCAGACUGAAGGUAUCUGACGAGGGGACCUACAUCUGCACCGUCAGCACUGGACUGUACCAGGCCCAGCAGGUCAUACAGCUACACGUCACAC